GGUGACCUGGCAGCGGAGCCCGCGCAGGGUUUGCCAGGCUAAGGCGCAGCGCUAACGGUCCUAACACUAACGGCGGUCGUGCCCCGCCGCUGCUGUCACCCCUGGCCGCUGCUGCCCUCCCCGCCGAGGUUCUACUGCUCUCCUUCUUGAGAAGAAGGGUGGGAGGCACUGGCUCUCUCCCCACACCUCUCGCCUGAGGCCAGGAGCCAGGUGUCGCCUGAAGCCAGACAGCCGGUUUGGGAGCGAGCCUGAGGCCAACCAAUCAAUGGCUCAGACAAGAUAAGCCAACAUGCAUCCCGCCGGAGCUGCCGAAGAUGCUGAAGGAGUUUGCCAAAGCCGCCAUUAGGGUGCAGCUGCAGGACCUCAUCCAGUGGGCAGCCGAUUAUUUUGAGGCCCUGUCCCGUGGAAAGACGCCUCCGGUGAGAGAGAGGUCUGAGUCAGUCGCUUUGUGUAACUGGGCAGAGCUAACACCUGAGGUGUUAAAGAUCCUGCAUUCUCAGGUUGCUGGCAGACUGAUCAUCCGUGCAGAGGAGCUGGCCCAGAUGUGGAAAGUGGUGAAUCUCCCAACAGAUCUGUUUAAUAGUGUGAUGAAUGUGGGUCGCUUCAUGGAGGAGAUCGAGUGGCUGAAGUUUUUAGCCCUUGCUUGCAGUGCUCUGGGAGUUACUAUUACCAAAACUCUCAAGAUAGUGUGUGAGGUCUUAUCAUGUGACCAUAAUGGUGGGUCACCCCGGAUCCCGUUCAGCACCUUCCAGUUUCUCUACACGUAUAUUGCCGAAGUGGAUGGGGAGAUCUCUGCAUCACACAUCAGCAGGAUGCUAAACUACAUGGAACAGGAAGUAAUUGGCCCUGAUGGUUUAAUCACGGUGAAUGAUUUUACCCAAAACCCCAGGGUUUGGCUGGAGUAACAGCACAAUUUUGGCAAUUUUAAAGGAAGAUACAGAGAUGAUUGUACUUCAGAAUGACUGAAACCCAUAUACCACCCAAAAUCAAUUUUCUUAUACAACUGGUACACACUAAUAAACAAUUAAACAUAUGAGAUCAGAAA